ACGCCGACGCUUACUUUCUCCGCAUUUCGUCGUCGCACCGCAUAGAGAACGGUAAUUCCGAUUGGGGCUCUGAUUCCUAGCUGGCGGUCUGUACGGUCCUCUCCGAAAAGUGCAGAGUAGAGCCGUUGUAGAGAAAGGAGGUGAUUGGCAGUGACAUUUUCAGUGACGCUUUGCUUCGAUCAGAUCAGUGGCAAAUGCUUGCAAAAUAAAUACGUGCCCCUGCCCGGUGACAAAGUGAAGUGAAACCGAAAGAAAUCUCCCCUAAUACUAGUAUGAGUAGUAUCUUGCAGUUUUCGAAAACUAGCUGAGCGAAAUAUUGGAAAUAUUUGAAACAAAUUAACGCAAACAGUGACAUGUUGUGAGAGUGGAGUGAAAUACCUUCAGCAUCUACAGCUGGUAACAGCGCACAAAGUUUAAACACACAGAGAGGAGCAGACCAGAGAGAUCCGACCAUCAGACCAUACCGGAACGGAACGGAAAGGAAAGGAAAGGCAACCCGAGGAGAGCCGAAGAGAGCCGAGGAGAGCCGAGCCGAGCAGAGCAGAGCUGAGGGUAGGCGCAGGAAGCGCAUAGGAAACACCGCUGCAAAAGUGCAACAGCUGCACAAAGCCAAAGCCGUACACCCUGACUUCAGUGGAAUUCCAAGAGCCCAGUCCCCAGUCCACAGUUCCCAGUCCCCAGCCCCGAGCCACGUCCUAGGCCAGGCCGAAGGGAGACCGAGCAAAGGCUUUGGAAGAAUGUUUAGUGCAAGACACAUACGGCAGCUUCAAGUGGCAACUGUGGCAGCAGCAGCAGCAGCACCAGCAAGCACAACCGGAUAAUAGUCCUUCGCCGAUGGUUGCGUAGUGGGUUGCAGUAGUGCAGAUGUAGCAGAGAGCAACAGUCGAGUCGAGUCGAGUCGCCAACAUUCAGAAGAAUACUAAAUCCGCCAAAUCCCAGCAACCAGAAACCGCAAAACCAGAGCCGUUCAACAUCGACCGUAAGCCGUAAGCCCCGAGCCGAAGCCCAAGCCCAAGCCCAAGCCGUAAGCCGUAAGCCGCAGAGCCAACUGCUACUGCUACUGCUAGCCGGGCCCCAAAAGCCGAGACCAUUUGCACGUGACGUCACAGCGUCAAGUAGGACACAGGACCGCGCGAAUUGCGCAUCUGCUUCCGGCGCUGCCGCGCAUCCGCGUCAUGGGCUCCCUUCAGCACAGCCUCUUCUAUGCGCUGGCCGCGGCGCUGCUGAUACUUUCGCUGCACCUCUCCGGCGUCUGCGGCGUCAUCGAUCGCCUGGUGGUGCAGACAUCGUCGGGGCCGGUGCGCGGCCGCUCGGUGACGGUGCAGGGCCGCGAAGUGCACGUCUACACGGGCAUCCCCUACGCCAAGCCGCCAGUCGAGGACCUGCGCUUUCGCAAACCGGUACCGGCGGAGCCCUGGCACGGCGUCCUAGACGCCACUCGUCUAUCCGCGACCUGCGUCCAAGAGCGCUACGAAUACUUUCCGGGCUUCUCCGGCGAGGAGAUCUGGAACCCCAACACCAAUGUUUCCGAGGACUGCCUGUACAUCAACGUUUGGGCGCCGGCCAAGGCGCGUCUACGCCAUGGAAGAGGCGCCAAUGGUGCCGAGCACUCGGGCUCCAAGCCGGCGGACACGGACCACCUGAUCCACAAUGGUAAUCCGCAGAACACGACCAAUGGAUUGCCCAUUCUGAUCUGGAUCUACGGAGGGGGAUUCAUGACCGGCUCGGCCACCCUGGACAUCUACAAUGCGGACAUCAUGGCGGCCGUGGGGAAUGUGAUAGUGGCCUCCUUCCAGUAUCGCGUGGGGGCCUUUGGUUUCCUCCAUCUGGCGCCGGAAAUGCCGGCAGACUUCGCCGAAGAGGCACCCGGCAAUGUGGGGCUCUGGGACCAGGCGCUGGCCAUCCGCUGGCUGAAGGAAAAUGCGCACGCCUUCGGCGGCAAUCCCGAGUGGAUGACCAUGUUCGGGGAGUCGGCGGGCUCCAGCUCGGUGAACGCCCAGCUGGUGUCGCCCGUGACGCGGGGCGUGGUCAAGCGGGCCAUGAUGCAGUCGGGCACUAUGAACGCACCCUGGAGCCACAUGACCUCCGAGAAGGCCGUGGAGAUCGGCAAGGCGCUGAUCAACGACUGCAACUGCAAUGCCUCCAUGCUGAAGACCAAUCCCGCUCACGUGAUGAGCUGCAUGCGGGCCGUGGACGCCAAGACCAUUUCGGUGCAGCAAUGGAACUCGUACUCGGGCAUCCUCAGCUUCCCAUCUGCCCCGACCAUAGACGGGGCCUUCCUGCCGGCGGAUCCCAUGACCCUGAUGAAGACGGCGGAUCUCAAGGACUACGACAUACUAAUGGGAAAUGUCAGGGAUGAGGGUACCUACUUCUUGCUGUACGAUUUCAUCGAUUACUUCGAUAAGGACGAUGCCACCGCCCUGCCGCGCGACAAGUAUCUGGAGAUUAUGAACAACAUUUUCGGCAAAGCAACACAGGCGGAGCGAGAGGCCAUCAUAUUCCAGUACACCAGCUGGGAGGGCAAUCCGGGCUAUCAGAACCAGCAGCAAAUCGGACACGCCGUGGGCGAUCACUUCUUCACCUGCCCCACCAACGAGUAUGCCCAGGCGCUGGCCGAGCGAGGCGCCUCUGUGCACUACUACUUCUUUAAACAUCGCUCAAGCACCUCGCUGUGGGGCGAGUGGAUGGGCGUGAUGCACGGCGACGAGAUUGAGUACUUCUUCGGCCAGCCGCUGAACAACUCUCUGCAGUAUCGACCUGUGGAACGCGAGUUGGGCAAGCGUAUGCUCAGUGCGGUCAUCGAGUUUGCCAAGUCCGGCAACCCCGCCCAAGAUGGCGAGGAGUGGCCAAACUUCUCCAAGGAGGAUCCCGUCUACUACAUAUUCAGCACGGAUGACAAGAUCGAGAAACUGGCACGCGGCCCCUUGGCGGCCCGCUGUUCCUUCUGGAACGAUUACUUACCGAAAGUCAGGAGUUGGGCAGGUACAGGUUGCGAUGGCGACUCGGGAAGUGCUUCCAUAUCCCCCAGGCUGCAGCUCCUGUUGCUGGCUGGACUGCUCUACAUCGGUGCCGCCUUGAGAACCAAAGGAGUUUUCUAAAAGAAAACCAUUUCGGGCAGUACCCACUCACACGAAUACACACGAAAUCACAGCCACACCCACACACCCACACACACACAACACACACACACACCUAAAAUUAAAACACAUAUAUUAUUAAAAAUUUAGCAAGCGGAGAAAAACCCGAAAAUGUUUAUGUAAAAGUACGAAUAGCACCCGGAAACGCAGAUUGUGCAGCAAAUUUGUUAACGGAAGAAGACAAAACCUAGUAGAAUCGGUUAGAGCCGAUCCAAGGAUAACAUUAAAUGGCGAUUGCUGAACCUUUGUAAAUUGAACAAAAAAAAGAAGGAAAUUAGAGCUCUCUGCACCCCCCAGAAGAAGCCAGCUAAAUUUUGCAUAUCACACGAGAGUCUGCCGAGUGGAAAUCUGGCUGCUCUCCAGACCGGGAGACACCCAAAUUGUUUUUGUGUAGUACGACGCUGACGCUAAAUUGCUUGAUUUGUAGGAACCUGGCCCAGAGACGGAGGCGGAGACGGAGACAGUAGCCAGUCUCCAAACAGAACUUUUGAUAAUUGAAAAUGUUUGUCCUGCCCUCGGGGCAGCCUGAAUAUGUUUACAUAGACUGGACACAGGAAUACCAUUCCAUUCGCCCGUUCGACAGACAAAACCAGACACUUUUUGCCAGAGGGCGUGCGAGCAGAGCCACCACGCCCACACCCAUCUUGAGCGCAUUUAAUGGCACAAUUUUUGCUUUCAGUUCGGAGGAGUCCUUGUCGCCUAACGAUGUUUGGCCAAAUUGCAUUGGUUUCAUAUUAGGUUGAGGGGUCACUUGGUCACUUGAUUUCGAUUUGCUUUCCCAGGGAAACCACACAAAUUGUAAGCACCCAAGAUUCUUAUGAGAACAACCAAGUGGAAAUUUUUGGAAAACCAAACAAAACCAAACAAAAACUAAAAGAAAACACAUUUGUAUUGUACAAACGAUUGGCGUUGAUUUAUCGGAAGGAAAGAAAAGGAAAAUGAAAAAGAAAACGAAAUUAAUGGAUAGAUAAGAUGGAUGAGAUAGAGAUAGAGAUAAAUGAGACCCAAGUCCAGCACAACCCAAACAAAUUUUUUGCAAAAAUUAACAAAACCAAAACCAAAGCAAAAGCAAAAGCAAAUUGAUAAAUUGUAAUAAAGAAUCGAUCACAAAAGGAAGUUUAGCUUGGGGCGGGAUAGAGGAAAUAUUUAUAUGGCAAAACAUAUCAGUAUAUUAUAUAUAUAUAUAUACAUAUACAUACAAACAAAAUAUAUAUACACGGAAUAUUGUAUUUGUACUAAACGUUUUACAAAUUGGCUUAGUGACAACCGGUGAAGAGGAAAAAUUGAAAAUUGAAAAUUGAGAGAUACUAAAUAAAUGAUAUGAUUGGAUAGUAAUGGUAAUUAGAAAUUUUAUACACUUAGUGAAAUUGGAUCAAUGAGUAAACAAAAACAAAUGUAUUGUAUAAUGUAUAAUGAUCAAUAAUGUAUAAUGAGAAACAGUGUACUUGGUAUGUCUAUACUCGUAUCUAUAAAUAAAUAUUGUUCAAAAGUAAAUCAAGAAAAAUGAUAGAUCAUUGUCAAACCCUAGAGUUCAGUGUGUGUCGCAGACUAAUGAGCAAACCGUAAUCGUAAUCGUAAAUGUAAUCUGUAAUCUGUAAUCUGUAAUCGUAAUCGUAAUCUGUAAUCUGUAAUCGUAUUAAAGGCAUAUCAAUAUGUAUUAACUAUGAAACGAAAACGAAAACCUUUCGAAAUUAACUAAGGUAAGCCACACUGAUAUUAAUUAAGCUAUUUUUAUCAACUAUUAUUAUAAUACCACACCCUAUCUGAUAAUACAUAGAUCAGCAAGUAUUAGACUUAUGAAGAACAGAACAGCAGCGGCACGACUAAUGUAACAUUAACUGUCUGCUAACAUUUAAACGUUUUAAAACCAAUUUAAAACCAAUGAACAAACAAAAAAAAAAACUAUACAAAAACUAAAGUCUAAAAAGCGAAACCCAAAUGAAAUGAUAAUGUUGUGUUGUAUUAGGAAGAAUUGUUGUCGAGUCCUAUUUGAGCGAUGUUCGCUUUCCACUGUAGCCACUACGAAAACUUAAUGACACUUAGGACACUGUAGGCUGUAGGUCAACGGCAGGUCAGUGGCAGGUCAAUGGCAGGCCGUCUUUGAUCGGAUAAUGCCUGCCAUACCGUCUCUGUUCUAUUUGCCUCCGAUACUACUCGACACCCAAUGCUAGCACCGAUAGCCACCACUUACUUCAGAACUCUCCAAAUAGUUAUGCAACAAGUGCACCGCGAAAACGAAAAAAACGAAUUGUAAAUCCAUUGAAUCGAAGGAGAAUCGGCAUGGGAAUGGGAAUGGGAGUGAGCAGAUCCACAGGCCACCAGGCAUUCCUAAGUUACAAUCUACUUUAAAUACUUCAUAAAGAAAUGACAGCCCAGGCCCACAAAAAACGAAGCAAAUGCGACACUUUAUUAUGAGGACAAAACUUAAACAAAGGGAUUUUUUAAGUACGAGUAAAUGUGGACAUUUAUAUUUUUAUACCAUGCAAGAAGAGAGACGAAAACGAAUAUGAAUAUGAAUAUGAAAACAAAACCGAAAUUGCAUUAAAAAUAUUAACAAAGAAUGAACGAGGAUUAACUUUAACUUUUUUUACUAAAAGAAAACUUUGUCUAAAACUGGGCGACUGUUUAAGUCCCCGAAUAAAAAUGUGAACAAACUCCAAAGAAACUAGCUUUAAUCCCUCUUCCCUCAGUACCCCAACCUUCCCAAUGAUUGCACCAUGUUCGCCUCAAAACAAAGUAAAAAAAAAACAAAAAACAAAGAACUAAAACCAAAAAGUAAAUGAUUAAAAAACCCAAGACUAGACUUUGAUAGUUAAUCAAUUUUGUAGCGAGGAGUGGGCCCUGUUCGGAGGGCCAGGGCCUCCGGCAAGGCCAAGGCUGCCCGGGCCGCCCCCAUUUCGGCCAGCCUCCAGGCCGGCUGGGAGCGGGGCCCAGGCGGCAGCCUUGGCUUUGGGCCCACUCGGGCCCAGACCUAGGGUUAAUGAGUAGUAAGCGAAAGAUAUGAAUUUAGUGUGUAUUAUGCCUUCUGCCUUUGACAAGAGAAACAAGAGAAACCUAUUGAAUGCACGAUAGUUCAUUCCACGACUAUGUUAUCGUUAUCGUUAUCGUUAUCUCAAUCGAAAAACAUUUUUCCAUUCCUUUCGCCUCACCCGAAGUUAGGAAUAUUUUUUUGUCAUUUUGCAUGGUUUUCGGCUCAAGCCAAAGAAUUGACAAUAUAAUAUUUCGCCUUAGAAGCAAAGGAGCAAACGAAUGAAAGACAAAAUUCCAAGUGUUAUGCUUAUAGAUCUAAAUUUUUAUAUAUGGACCUGGAAAUAUGGACAUUCCGCAGAGGCGCACCACUCGUAUGCCACUUUGUAUGAUUUACACAGUUUGUACUCUUCGUUGCGGUUCUUCCAAGCCAUCUAUAUAGUGUACAUACAUAGUACCUAUACACACACACCACACACAAACACACAUACACGUCGCAGUGUGCUUUUGCUGUAGUAGUCUGCCAAUUGUAAAAGAAUUUAUACGAGUAUAUAACACGGAAACGGAAGCACACAGACACACCCACACACACACACACACAUUAUGUAUUCCAAUCUAUGAUAAUAAUGAAAGCAUGCUGGUCACACACACAGACACAGACACACACUCACACACGAUCAGUCUUUAAUCAGAUACGGCACACAUUAGGCACCCGAGCAGGAUAUCGGAUCGGGUUUGUGUUUUGUAUAGACAACAACAGAAAUAGGCAUAAACUAAUACAAAAACCAAAAACAUAGUUCAAGUUUUUUGUUUGUUGUGUAUUAAGAACAAGUUAAAAAUUAUAUCAGCUACGACAUCUGAUAAUAAAAUCGAAUAUAGGUGGUAGACAAACUCUCUGUACAAUGUAAUAUGUUGAUUGCUAUACAAUACAAUAAAAUACAAUACAAAACAAUACAAUAAACUGUCGCCCACACCCACAAAACCACGCCCUCAAACCACACCCACACCCAAGCAGAAUCCGAAAGAGUAUUAUGAAUAAUAAGAAACGAUACGAGUAAAACCAAAAUACCAGAUUACCAGGCACAGAAAUGCAUUUGAAACCAAACCAAUUCUCACACUUAGCGUUAAAAUAAGAGACAAAAAAAAAAAAAUAAGAGAAAUAAACUUAGAGAAAGAUUUAGCAAAUUGAAUACAGUUUUUUAUGUAUAAAAUCAAAUACAUAUCAAUAUAUGGCCUAUUGUUUAUUUAGUUUAAUUAUAUAUACAUAUACUAUGGAUAGCAGAUAACGGAUAGAGGAUAGUGGAUAGCGACACAAGCGGGCGCGGCGCGCAAGUAUGGCUCUGAUUUAUGACUUUUUAAGUAGGCAAUUUGUAUAAAUUAAGCAGCAAAAACACAAACACUAAACCAGGCAGAACAGAACAAAACCGAACAGAACCGAACCGAAAGCGGGAAACAAAACAAAUUGUGGCUAAAUAUGUGUUCUUACUUGUUAGUGGUAAUAAAACAAAGCUAAAACUUAAAAGGUAAAAAGGUAAAAGUAUCUGUAACAAAAGUAUCUGUUACAUGCAUAAGUAAAGCAACUUUAAUUAAGCUGUUAGCUUUUAACCAUGCCAAGCAUUUUGCGUUGACACUUCUCUAAUUUGACAGCCCAUCGGACCAUAUACCAUACACACUCGUACAUAUGAUUUCCUGAGAUUAGCUUUUAUCGCAAGUUGUAGUUGCCUUCAAAUAUAUAUACACACACACACACACACCAGUAAUAUGUAAUACCCAUCCCGAGCUGGCAUCAGCUAAGAAUAAGAGUAACUAAAAAUAACAGAUGCUACAGCUUUUGCCCAAGCAAAAGAGCAAAAGUCAAGAGCAGAUCGAAAAAAUUAAUAAAUUGAGACUCAUAAAGUUGAACACACACACACAGACACAGACACACACGCAGCCAGAUGGCCAAAUGGCUAAAUGGCUAAAAUGGCAGAUCAGCUCAGAGUUUGGUCCUCAUCUUCUGUUUUGAAUUUGAAUAUCGUUUGACGACGACGACCGACCCGACGCAUUAGUAUGCCUCAACCUGAACACAGCUAAAGCGGAACAAAAACAGAGUUCUACUCGUAUUAUGUGUACCAGUAUUUGACGAUGUUCACGAUGUUUUGUGUCAGUACGUUGUUAAAAACUUAAUUAUAAUUAUUAUUGUCGCAGAACUUACUUUAAACUAAAGCAGAUGCGGAUGCGGAUUCAAUGAGAUGCAGAGACCGCGCAUUUGACAGAGAUACAUAUGCAAAGUAUAAUUGCUGUUUAAGAUAUUACCGUAUAUGAAUAGAUAUAUAUACAUAUGGAUUGAAAAUUAUGACAUGAGCAUACAAAAUGUAGGGAUCAUUUUACUGAAUAUAUAUAUAUAUACAUACUAUACUACAUAUACUCGUAAUCGAAACCAAAAUUCUGCUAAACCAAGAAACCAAACAGAAAACAGAAACCAGAAAAAAGACAACACAAUUAAAUGCUAAAUGUAAUACAAUUGCUAAACUCAAGAGAAAGUAAGGAACUACGAAAAAAAAACAAAAACAAAAAAACAAAAAUGUAAUGUGUAACCAGCAUUAAAGCAACAUAAAGAAACCAAAAUUUAAGUGAAAUUAUAUUACGAAAUAUAUUGUAUAUCGGUACAAGAUGAAUAUAAGAAAAAUACAAACAAAUAAAACUCAUGUAUCAUGUACUAAACAAA